UCAAGGUAUACGUCUGCUCUCGCGCUCGGGCUUCUGAACGACACUGUCUUUUAAAAGAGACGAUCAUUUAUAGAUACGGAUUAUGGAAAGGAAAUUAAUCCAAUGGCUUCCGUCCUGUUGUCUGUUAUACCUUCUCUGUUUUCACUCCUGACUAUGCUGUACCUCAUAUCCGAAAACAGUUUUGUUCCUCGAACGAGCAUCGGUUUUGAUUCCGAGUAUGACUAUAUUAUUGUGGGAGCAGGAUCUGCUGGAGCUGUUCUCGCUAAUCGCUUGUCUGAGGAUCCUGACAUCAGUGUCCUGUUGCUAGAGGCUGGAAGUUUCCCCAAACUGAAAAGUGAAGUACCUAUCUUUGCUGCUCAGCUCCAAAUGACAAGGAAUGACUGGAAGUACCUCACGGUGCCCCAAAACUAUUCAUGUUUUGGUCUAGUCGACAGAAAGAUGCCCUGGCCACGUGGAAAAGUACUUGGAGGAUCAAGUAUUCUCAACUAUAUGUUAUAUAUUCGUGGUAACCGAAGAGACUAUGACGCAUGGGAACAAGCCGGAGCCUAUGGUUGGAGCUGGAAAGAAGUUUUCCCAUACUUUCUCAAGUCAGAGGACAAUAGAAAUCCAGAAAUAGCUUUGAAUGGUUAUCAUGGUACAGGAGGCUAUUUGACGGUAUCUACUCCACCCUUUGUCACUCCUCUGGGAUAUGCUUUCGAAGAAGCUGCACAAUAUCUUGGUUACCCUAAAAUAGAUUUGAAUGGACCUUUUCAAACAGGAGUUUCCAUACCUCAGGGGACGAUUCGCAGAGGUGCCCGCUGUAGUACCGCCAAAGCAUUCCUUUCACCUGCCAGUAACAGACCGAAUUUAGACAUCGUUAUCAAAGCUUUCGUUACUAAAAUAAUUAUUGACAGAUACCACCGUGCACGUGGGAUAAUUUUCAGUCGAGGUAAAAAGGUGUACACAGUUAUGGCAAGGAAAGAAGUAAUCGUAUCUGCAGGUACCAUUAAUUCUGCCCAGUUACUCAUGUUGUCCGGAAUUGGACCCAAGAGACAUCUUCAGAGAUUUGGUAUUCCAAUCGUGGCUGAUCUGCCAGUUGGUAGAAAUCUUCAAGAUCAUGUGGGAUCCGCAGGCAUUCAUUUCCUUAUGGAUGACCCUGUUUCACUUCUUCCUAAUAGAGUUUUUAAUGUUAAAAACUUUAUCAAGUUUAUAACAGUUGGCAAAGGUGCAUUAACAAUACUUGGUGGUUGCGAAGGUAUUGCUUUUGUCAAUACUCCAUUCGCCAAUCGGUCUGACGAUUGGCCAGAUAUUGAGAUUCAUUUCAUUUCAAGUUCUCCAUCAUCGGAUGCUGGAAAAUCAAUUCGCAGAGUUAUGGGACUUAACGAUCAAUCCUUUAGUCAAGUCUAUGUGCCAUACAUUGGUAGGGAUACUUUUACAAUGUACCCUGUUCUACUUAGGCCUAAGAGCAGAGGCAAAGUUCUACUUCAGUCUGCAAAUCCGUACGUAGCACCAAAGAUCGACCCCAGUUAUUUCAGUAGACCAGAGGAUAUUAAAGUUCUUGUUGAAGGUAUGAAAGUAUGCAUUAAAUUAGGACUGAAACCUCCUUUCUUGAAGAUGGGAGCUCGACUUUUUGCCACUCCCUUUCCUGGAUGUGAGCUCUAUACCAUGUGGAGCGAUGCAUAUCUAGAAUGCGUGGCUCGCACUUAUACUAUUACGAUAUAUCAUCCUGUGGGUACGUGCAAAAUGGGUAGCCCUUGGGACCCAACUGCAGUAGUGGAUCCAUUACUUAGGGUUAAAGGUGUAAGCGGUUUAAGAGUGGUAGAUGCAUCAAUUAUGCCAACUAUUGUGUCCGGAAACACCAAUGCUCCUGUAAUAAUGAUUGCUGAGAAAGCAGCCGAUUUGAUCAAGAUGAGUCGUUUAACAAAGAUCAAGAGGUGACGAAGAAAUCCUUUACGAAAUUAAAAGACGUCCAAAGAAUGUGGGAUCAUGGAUUCUGUUAAAGGUUCUUUUGAUUCCACUGACCCGGAUUGGAAAGAUAGUUUACUUAAUUUAUUGCUCAUUUACGAACAAUGCCAAAUGUAUAAAAAGACUUCUGUUUUAUACAAAAGUUUUAUUGGAUUGUAACUUAUUAAAAAGAGUAUAAUAAAAACACUCAUUUUUUAUGAA